AUGCUAGCAAUCCGUAGAAGGCUGGUCACCAACCUCCUCCCCAUUGUACAAACCAGAGCACAUAAAAUGGAGGAAAACAAGACAGAUGGCAUCUUUUCUUAUGCAGAUUCACUACUUUCAUUGGAACUUCCAGGAGGUGGAAAACUCAAGGAGUCUGAAGUCACCACACUCUGCUAUGAAUUUCUCACUGCCGGUGUUUCUACCGUAGUGUCGUCAUUGCAAUGGGCAAUGGCGAACCUGGUCAAAUACCCAGAUGUACAAGCCAAGUUGUUUAAGGAGAUUGAGAGAGUCACUCAGAAAAAUGGAGGGGUUAUCAAUGAAGAGGACCUCAAGAAAAUGCCUUAUCUCAAGGCAGUGAUCUUGGAGACUCUUCGUAGGCAACCAACCAUACAUACAUUGCUUCCACAUAGGGUUUCGGAGGAUAUAAGCUUGGAAGGAUAUACCAUACCCAAAAAUACUUAUGUGAGUUUCAUGCUGGUAAGUAUGGGUUUGGAUGGAAAGGUCUGGCAAGAUCCAUUGGAGUUCAAGCCGGAGAGGUUCAUGGGAGGAGAGUCUGGAACGAGGGAGAUUAAGAUGAUCCCAUUUGGUGCAGGAAGGAGAGUCUGCCCAGGGAUGGGACUUGGAAUGUUUCAUUUGGAAUACAUGGUGGCCCAUCUGAUCAAGGAGUUUGAGUGGAAGGUCGUGGCAGGAGAUGAAGUGGACAUGGCUGAGAGUAUGGAGAUGGACAUAGACUACGUAAUGAAGAAACCCUUGCAAGCUUGUAUAGUGCCAAGAAAAUGA